GCAACAUUUAGUGUAAACGUCAGUCUAAAAUACCAAAGCAAUUUGUUGAAAUGAUUUGGUUGUUAUUUUUUAGCAAAAGAUAAUCUAAAUGGUUUUAAGAAUAUGUAUAAAUUCCUGCAUUUGCUGACAUGAUUGUUUUAAAGGCUGUAUAACUUUUGAUUUAUGCAAAUAUCCGUGAAGAUGACCGAAGUUGCUGUAGUAAACUUAGAAAAGGAGGAUAAGUAUUUAGAAAAUAAUGGUGGUAUUGUAAAUAUAAAGAAUGAAGAGGCAGUAACAAUAAAGCGGGAGCCCGUCGAGUGUGGUGUAUGUUUGGAAAGAAGUGUAGACCACACGGACAUUAACACGAAAACCAACGCCGGAACUUCCUUGCAUGCUUAUCUUUCUAAAUAUACCUCAGUCGAUCUCACCAGAUCUGAAAGCGCUUCCAAAUUAAUAUGUAAAAACUGUUACGAAUUGAUAAAUAUCCUCGAGCAAACGGAAGCAGAGUAUUUAAAGCUUAAAGAAAAUUUUGAAUCUAUAAUUAGUAAAAAUCCCUUGUUUGAGCUACAAGUGACUAAUGUAGAGUUUGUUAAAAAUGAAUCCUUAGACGCAGCUCAUAAUAAUGCAAAUAAUUCAGAUUCAGAAGAUGAACCACUGUCAUUAACAAAGAGAAAACGCAAUCAGAAAAGUGUUUCUAGAAAAAAUAAUGUAGCAGAGACCAAUAAAAGAAAAACAAAGCAAAGAGUUAAUAAAGACAGCUGGAGCUGCAAGGAAUGCAAUGAGCGUGGAGACAAGGGGGGCCAGCAGAGUCUCAUCUCGCACAUGCUGCUCCAUCACGUGCAGCUGGCUCCCAUACAGGUGGAUAUUAUCAAGAAGGAAGAUGAAAAAACAGAAAGUCCAGAAAUUGGUACAUUUGACGAUGUAUUCAAGGUUGAGAUGGAACCGUUUGACGACGAUGGCGACGACUUCAUGCCGGACGAGGAUAUAGAGGACAAAUGUAGCACCAAGCAGCGGGGACGCAAGAAGGGCUCUCUGGCGAGACGCAAGCGGCAGCCCAAGGAUCAGUGCUAUGCGUGUGAUAAGUGCGAUGCUAAAUAUACAUCUAUGGUGCGUCUGGCGCACCACAAGCAGAAGCACGAGGACGACUCGAAGCCGCCGUACAUCUGCGAGGUGUGCGGCGCGCACUACAAGCACAAGCGCGCCUGCGACAUACACGUGGCGCUGCACAAAGGAAUAAGUGACUGGAAAUGUGAAGAGUGCAAUAAAUUGUUCCCGUCGAAAGGUGCACUGCAGAGGCAUAACAAUAUACAUACCGGCAAGCUUAAUUAUCAGUGCGACCUGUGCGGCAAGUCGUUCAUCCACACGUCGUCGUUCAAGAUGCACAAGCUGUCGCACUCGGGCGUGAAGCCGCACUCGUGCGACGUGUGCGGGCUGGCGCUCAUGACGCGCUCGCACCUCAAGCGGCACAAGCGCGUGCACAGCGGCGAGAAGCGCCACGAGUGCGCCGUCUGCGGCAAGCGCUUCUCCGAGAGGUACAACCUACUGGCUCACAGCAAGUCGCACGCGGGCGGGCCGGCGGGCGGCGGGCCUGCGGAGGCGCCCGAGAGACGCAGGAUGUUCCGCUGCACUUUCUGCCAGGAGCGUUUUGAGAGGAGGUACAUGCUGGAGCGGCACGUGUCGUGCGCGCACGGGCGCUCGCUGGAGCGGCCCCCGCCCACGCCGCGCAACACCAUGAGCAAGCUGCUCAAGGCGCAGGCGCAGCGCCGCGCCGCGCACGCAGCUAGGGACAAUUCUGACACUAAAGACUCACGAAGCCCCGAGACUAGAACAUCACCUGUCACCGUUCAGAAGCUGGUGUCACAUAUAUCUACAUCAACGGAUCCAAUCAACGCGUGGACCAACGUGUACACGGCGGAGUUUGCGCUGCGGCAGGAGUAUUCACAAUAAUAACAUUAACAACUGUAGGACCACCAACAAAAAGGAGGUUGCAGAUGUAUGGAACAACGAUUAAGAGGAUUGGACUUUAGGCUAUCGAGCGAUGGUCGUUUUGCAAUACUUUAUAAUAUUUCUCUAAAAUGAGGGUAUUCUUUAUUUUAUUUUGUUAUUUGUAUAAGUUAUACCUUUUUUUCGGCAUUAUGUUCCGCAAUUAGUUUUUAUAUUUGAGGUUAUUCACUAAUCAAUUUUUUAAAGAAGCUCUUUUUUUGUUUUAUUAGCACAAUAGUAAUUAGUUUUAGUAGUAAUUAAUAUUGUCCGUUAUAAUAUUUACAUUGUAAUAGAUUUUUUUCCAUCAAACAGUACUGUUUUGUUUUUAAUUUGUCUUCAAUAUUUAGUUUUGUAUUAUUUCAUAUUAUUCCUUGAAUGAUUAUUAUUGUAAAUAUUUGGAGAUAGGAACAAUAUUAGAAUUAUAGUAAAGUUAUAAAAUAAUAGUUAUAAAUUUAAGAUCAUUAAAAUAUUCUCAAAGUAUACUUAUUUUUAUACUUAAUGUACAGAGAUGCACGAUUCAGACUGUCCCUUAUUUGCUGUAAGAUACAUUAAUAUUGUAAAUUAUGGAUCAGAUAUUAAACUGUAUAUUACAUAAGUACAUCACAUAUAUUAAAUAAAUCAUUCACAACUAUAA